AUGAGUGGAUAUACUGUUAUAUUAGUAUUUAUAGUCACAGUUGCUUUAUCCUGCUUAGCAUGGACAUUUGCUCCUAAGGAAAAUACUACAGUUUUUAGAUCCUCUGUUAUAUUAGGUUUAGCUAUGUGUUAUUUGAUGUGGGCAAUUACAUAUUUGGCACAAUUACAUCCGUUGGAAGCACCAAGAAGAUCAGAUUUAAGACCAGAAUAG